AUGCCAACUCCGCAAACCAAGUCCAGAGGCGGGAAGAACUGCGAACGAACGAAGAAACUUGACGACUUCGACCUUGGUGUUCUGAGAAUAAAGGUGCACGAUUUCUUCCGCAGGAAUGAGAUGCCAACUGUUGCGAAGGUGAGAAAGCUGUUCAGUGAGAGCGACGACCUACCGCAAGUCUUGGUAUCUACGCUGAACCGAAUGCUUAAGAAGCUCGGCUUCAAAUCAAAGAGUUCCGCAAAGAGGGAAGGCAGAUAUUUUAUGAACGAAACAUGGGCAAACGCUGGGCACACGAAAUAUCGUGUCUGGAUAGACACAACUAUCGUAAGUUCAAGUCAGGCCAGACGUUCUGGACUUACUACCGGAUUGAAAAAUUCAAGCGGUAAAGGUAAGCGACCCAUUAUCACCCACUGCGGCAACGAACAGGGCCUCGUUGAUGGUGCGGGAGGAGUAUUCCGAGCGUGGAAAGGCACGGGUGACUACAACCAAGAGAUGGACGGGCCACAUUAUGAAAAAUGGUUCAGCGAGAAGCUGCUCCCAAAGCUUGCCCCCAACAGUGUAAUUGCCAUGAAUAAUGCACCCUAUCAUUUAGUGAAGAUUGAAAAAGUUCCCCAGAUGUCGACACGAAUAAAGAAUAUUUUGGACUGGCCUUCCAGAAAGGGUGUUGCGUGGAGCAAUGAAAUGGUAAAUGCCGAGCUACUGCAGCUUGCUGCAACAGUGAAGAUUCAGGGCAACCAGUACCGUGUUGAUCAGAUGGCUCUCCUGGCUGGCCACGCAGUUUUACGCUUGCCCCCUUAUCACUGCCAGCUCAACCCAAUCGAAGUGGUUCGGAGUAUGGUGAGGGGGUUUGUGGCCGACCAAAUCAAGACGUUCAAGUUUGCCAACCUUGAACCGUUGGUCUCGGGGGCUUCGCUGAAGUAA